AUUGGUUGCCGCUUCCGUGGAGUCCGGGGUAGGACGCCAGGUCAGCCAUAUCUGCCUUUUCCCACUCGACUGAAGGAGAGAAACAGUCAUGAAAGGAAUCAGACCCUUAAAUCAGCUUUCUAAACGAUGUUAUGCAGCUUCCAGAAGCGGCUCGCUGAUCGACCCACUGCCCGUGAAUCCCCGCAAAGUACCAGUAAAGCCAGUCUUCCAGCCACAGGAUGUCCAGGUGUCCAAGCUACCCAGCGGUAUGCUGGUCGCCUCCCUUGAAAACUACUCUCCCACCUCCAAGAUCGGAGUGUUUGUUAAAGCCGGCAGUCGGUACGAGACGCCUGACAAUGUAGGACUCACACAUGUGCUGCGGUUAGCUGGAAACCUGACUACAAAAGGGGCAUCAGCCUUUAAGAUCUGCCGGAGUGUUGAAGCUGUAGGAGCCUCUCUCAGUAUAACAUCAUCAAAAGAGCACAUGGUUUACUCAGCCGAAUUCCUGAGAGACGACUUUCACACAGUUGUGGAGUACCUGGCCCACGUCAUCACUGAACCUGAGUUUAGGCCAUGGGAAAUCUCAGAUCUCACUCCUAGAAUCAAGAUCGACAAGGCCUUGGCAAAGGAGUGCCCACAAAUUGGUGUUAUUGAGAAACUUCAUGAAGCUGCCUACAAAAACGCCCUGGCAAACUCGUUGUACUGCCCAGAUUUCAACGAGGGCAAUAUCAAGUCUGAGCAGCUGUUGUCCUUUGUGGCGAAUAAUUACACCAGCGGAAGAAUGGCUAUUGUUGGAGUUGGUGUGAAGCAUUCCAUACUGAGGCAGCUGGGUGAGCAGUAUCUGCACGUCCGUGCAGGAGCAGGUGUACCCGGGGCCAAAGCUGUGUACCGCGGAGGUGAGCUGCGGGUGCAGUCGGCGGACGGGCUGGUGCACGCGCUGGUGGCGAGCGAGGCGGCGCCGAUGGGCUCUGCGGAGGCCAACGCCUUCAGCCUGCUGCAGCGGGCGCUGGGGGCGGGGCCACACGUCAAGAGGGGCGCCAACAUCUGCAGCAAGCUCAGCCAGGGCAUUGCCAAGGCCACCACGCAACCCUUCGACGCGACAGCCUUCAGCGCCACAUACUCAGACUCUGGACUGUUUGGGAUUUACACGGUCUCUCAGUACGAUGCUGCGGCUGAGGUGAUCAGGGCUGGAUUGGCCCAGGUGACUGCUAUUGCUGAAGGGGGACUUUCUGCAGAGGACCUGGCCAGGGCAAAGAACCAGGUGAAGGCGGAGUACCUCAUGUCCCUAGAGGCCACAGAGGGCUUCCUUGAGGAGAUGGGAGCGCAGCUAUUGACGACCGGAGCCAUCAGCACACCCGACGCCGCACUCCAGGGGAUUGACGCUGUGACGGCCAGCGACGUUGCAAACGCUGCGAAGAAAUUUGUAUCGGGCAAGAAGACGAUGGCCAGUACCGGGCACCUGAUCAACACACCAUUUGUGGACGAGUUAUGAGCGGACACCUGUAUUUAAUGAAUCAAUGAAGGCAGCUGUUUGCCUUGCUGCACAAAACGCGCAAUAUAAAUAGUCCUGAAAAAAGUGAUUACCAACUGCAUUUGACAAUGUUUGUCACCAGCCACCCAUAGUUUUUUGUUUUUACUGUCAGUCAAGCACCACGAGGAGGGGCAAAUGUCUGUUUCACUGUAUAUCUGAUGUAAAUUCAUUAAAUGGUCUAUGAUAUUCCAUUCUCA